AUGUCGUCGCAGCCAUUCAAGACCGAUUCUCUCUUGCCCACUUCCCUUCCUUCGGCAUCACUAGGUCGAAGAAGACAGUUCCAAGCACAAACAAUCGCAGAUGAAGAUUCUUUGACGGCCGAAGAAAGAGCUCAGAAAGCAUUGGAUGGAGAGCAUGAAAAGUGGAAUGAGCGGAUCGAUAAGGAGAUUAAAGGCGUCACGACUGGUCUGAAAGAGUUAGUUGAUUUAGCUGAUAUCGGUACAUCCCCUUCACCACUUAUAUCAUCUACCCUCCCCCUUCAUCUCCCUUUGAGGACAUCUUCGUUGAUCCGCUCAGCUCAAAAUCUCCGGGACAUCGCACACGAACUCAAGUUACUCCUCUUACUGGGAGAUGAACAGGGUAUAGCUCAAAGGAGGGAUGAAGAAUUUAGGCAAGUAAGGAAGAACGUUGAUUCCAGGAGAGAGGAGGUGAAGAAGGAAGUAGGCGAAUUACUGGGUUUCUCAAGUCAAGUGGAAACAGGAGAAGAAUCAUCAAAACAAGGUGGGCAAGGGAAGGUGGGACCUCAGGAAUCGAGAUCAUUAGAUCAGUCACCGCAAUCUGACAAAGAGGAGAAAACCGAAGAAAAAAGAAAUGCAAUUAUCGAUUUAGACGUAGUAGGAAAAGAAGCUCAACAAACACAAUCAAUCAAUAUCGAAGAACAGGACAAAUCUCAACCUCAAAUAGAACUCGACCCUUCAAGUGAUGCCGAACAAAUCGCCCCAGUACAAGUGCAAGUCGAUUCAGCAGCCGAUGCUCAACAGCCCUCACCAAGAGUAGAUCAGAUUUCGAGCAACCUACAAAUAGACACCCAAAGCCCUACCGCGAAUCUACAAUCUACUGACAUUCCAGAAAUAUCUGAGAAUACCUCAUCUGAAAGAGUCAAGGCUGCAGAUGAAGGAAUGGAUGUGGACAAGGAUGAUGAAGACGAAGAAGAAGACUUCGAAGAAGUUUCAUAG